GAGGGGAGGAAGUCGGUAGUAUCGCGCCGGCUGCGCAAGAGCAGCCUGCAAGACAGAUUUUCUAAUAAUGAACAACCCGUGGUAACUGUCAGUCUGCUCGUGGUGCAUUCGUUGACUCUUGGCUGCGCACAGUGUGUUCCGACGUGUGUUAAAAUGUGCUGUAUGUUUCAUUGAAUAUUCCAUUGAACGCGGAUUACUCGAAGAACAUCGAAACUUCUGCUGUAACACAGAAAUGUCCAAUGGCUAAGGGAGGACGCCUGUCAUAGAAGCUGAACUCGAGCUGAACUUCACAUUGAGGUGCGCGGAUUCGAUAAACACGCGAUGGAGAGAAGAAAGUGAUGCUAAAAGUCGAAACGGAAACCACCGUCGCGCCGUAUCAGCCCGAGUUCACGAGAUGGCGACUUUCCUGGGGGCACGCAUCAGCAUAGAAGGCGCGUAGAAUCAGGAUCGAAAGGGGAAACAUCGAGCACAACAUCCAAGAUGGGCAAGUGUUGUAGCAAGCGGCAAGAGCCUCAACCCCUUGGUUACAAGAAAGCAGAUACAGGACUAAGCUCAAAACACAGUAAUGGAGGUUCUUUGGAUCGGUACACUGCUGACCCGAAUCAGAGGGGUGUACAAACGAGGGCAGACAUCAUACGACCGAGGCCGACACCUUGUAAGCUCCAAAUUCCUCACCAGCCCCGUAAAACAAGCUCGCCUGUCGUUAAGCCUGCAUCGCAUUCACAAAGGUCGAACAAGAUCGUGGUGGCCCUGUACAAUUACACCGCGCGCGAGAGCACCGAUGUCAGUUUCGUAAAGGGAGAUCGGAUGGAAGUAUUGGACGAUUCCGAGCCCGACUGGUGGAAAGUUUUACACUUGACAACUUUGCAAGAAGGUCUCAUCCCGUGGAACUUUGUGGCCGUGGAGCGUUCGGUCGAGAGCGAAGAUUGGUUUUUCGAGAAUGUCUCCCGUAAAGAAGCUGGAAAGCUUCUUCUGGUGGAUGAAAACCCUCGGGGAACGUUCUUGGUGAGACCCAGCGAGCACAAUCCACGAGGAUACAGUUUAUCCGUGAAGGAUUGGGAGGAGGGAAGGGGUCAUCAUGUAAAACACUAUAAAAUUAAGCCGCUCGACAAUGGAGGAUUCUUUAUCGCUACCAACCAGACAUUCCCGACUCUGCCCGCCCUUGUUAUGGCGUACAGCAAGAAUGCAUUGGGUCUCUGUCAUGUGCUUUCGAAGCCCUGUCCAAAACCGCAGCCAGACAUGUGGGAUCUCGGGCCCGAGUUACGAGACAAAUGGGAGAUCAAUAGGAACGAGAUACAGCUGAUACGGAAAUUAGGCCACGGCAAUUUCGGCGAGGUAUACUACGGUAAAUGGAGGAAUAAAAUCGAAGUGGCUGUGAAGACAUUGCGACCAGGGACCAUGUCUACGGAGGCGUUCCUCCAAGAGGCGGCUAUCAUGAAACAGUUCCGACACAGACAUCUAGUCGCUUUGUACGCGAUCUGUUCGAAGGAAGAACCGAUUUAUAUCGUACAAGAAUACAUGUGCAAUGGCAGCUUGUUGGACUUUCUGAGGACAGGUGACGGCAAAUACAUGCAGUUCGAGGAUCUGAUUUACAUUGCUGCACAAGUGGCAUCCGGUAUGGAACAUCUCGAGAGCAAGCAAUUGAUACACAGAGACCUUGCUGCGAGGAACGUCCUGAUAGGCGAGAAGAAUAAAGCAAAGAUUUGUGACUUUGGUCUCGCCAGGGCGAUCGAGGAUGACGAGUACUGUCCUAAACAGGGAAGUAGAUUCCCUGUUAGGUGGACUGCUCCCGAGGCCAUUGUCUAUGGCAGAUUCAGCAUCAAAAGCGAUGUUUGGUCUUAUGGCGUGCUGCUGAUGGAGCUCUUCACUUAUGGCCAAGUUCCUUAUCCUGGUAUGCAGGGUCGCGAGGUAAUCGAUCAGAUCAAUAAAGGCUAUCGGAUGCCUAAACCAUUGAAUCACCCGCUGCCGGACAGCAUUUACCGAUUAAUGUUACAAUGCUGGGAUGCUAGCCCCGAGAAGCGACCCACGUUCGAGUUCCUUAAUCAUUAUUUCGAGUCAUUCAACGUCACUAGCGAAAUACCCUAUCUAGAACCACCAACUGACUGAUACACAGCUCACAUGCAGAGUCACCUGGUACCGCACGGUCAUUUCCAUCCAGCGCACAUUAACUGUGCCAUGGAGUUUUAUGGUAUUUAUUGCUAGAUCUCCAGCAAUACAUCUGAAGACUCUGUUUACCGUGUCUUUUUUUAUAUUAAAAAAUCUGCAGAGAUAUUAUCUGUGCGAACAAGAAUAAUGAAUUCUAAAAAAGAAGGAAAUUUGGAAGAAAAAGGAGAAUUACCGAAAGUACAGAAUGGUACAGGAAAUAUUUAUAAGCCGUCUCUUGAUGGCGAAGAAUUUUCUGAACGUUACCAGAUUUUUCGAAGCAAUCGUUGUUAAACGCUGCCAAAAAAGAAAGAAGAAAGAAGAAAAAAAGAGAAGAAGAAGAAAAGGAAAAGAAAAUUCUGCGAUAAUCGUGGAUAAUUUACGAAGUGUUCUUUCGUUAUCUUUACGAAAAUUGAGAGUCAUCGAGGAAGCAUUUCAAGAACAAUGAUCUUGUGUGCCAUGGAACUGAGAAACGAAAAAAUGAAACUGAGUCUUGCUCGUACUCUGUAUCGAUGAGACUUUAAACUUUUGUGACUAAUCGUGGAUAACUGCCGACUAAUAACGAGCCAAAACGUUGCGACUGAAGAUAAGAGUAUAGAAUCUCUCUACCCGCUACGUAUUCGAUAUAUAUAUAUAUUAUAGAAUCUAAAACGAAAUCGUUCAACGUUUGAGCUAUUUAUUAAGCAUUUUCACAAUUUGGAGAGUAUAUUAAAAAUAUUUGACAAAGGUAUCUUAUUAUUAAAAAAAAAAAAAUAAUGUUUAGACGGUAGAACGGAAACAGUUGAGAA